AUGGGUCGCAAGCCCUGCUGCGACAAGCUUGGUGUGAAGAAGGGGCCCUGGUCAGCCGAGGAGGACAAGAUGCUCGUUGAUUUUAUCCUUACCAAUGGACAAUGCUGCUGGCGCGCGGUGCCAAAGCUCGCAGGCCUGCUGCGCUGCGGCAAGAGCUGCCGGCUCCGGUGGACAAACUACCUUCGGCCUGACCUUAAACGGGGCCUGCUCAACGACGACGAGGAGCAGCUAGUCAUCGACCUCCAUGCCCGCCUCGGAAACAGGUACAUACUCCUCUCUCUUUCUCUCUCUCUCUCUCUCCCUCCCCCACUCCAUCAACCCCCCCCCCCUCCCCUUCUAUCUAUCUCCUUCUUCCAGGAUUCUUGUCUCCAGCAUCCCUGAAAAUGUCCGCUUGGAAGGUGGUCGAAGAUAGCAGCGAGACUGCCGGGGAGAACGGACAACGAGAUUAAGAACCACUGGAACACCCACAUCAAGAAAAAACUACUGAAGAUGGGGAUCGAUCCCCUCACCCACGAGCCUCUGAACAAGCAGCUGGGCAGCUUGGGAUCCGCUAGCGAGUCCGGCGAUGACCAGCCGCCGGCAACGGGGAAAGUGGCCCACCAUACCGCCACGGAGAGCUCCAGUCAACAGAGUGAGGCACCCACCACCGUGGAUUCCUUAUUGGACGACGACUUCCCCCUCGUGGGCUCCCCAUGGCCGAGCAGCGAGGCGGACGGCGGCAGCUCCGGCAUGCCGGCGUGGGACGGGGAGAGCGAGGCCGACUGGCUUCUGGACUACCACCAGCUCAGCGUCCUGGAGUUCGGCCUGGAGAACUUGUUCGGUGGGGACGUCAAUCCUCCGCUCACGUACUGA